GUACCUGGGGAUCUCGUGUUUUCGACCCGAACCUGGCCCCUCUUGUGCGCAGUGUCUGUUGGGUCCCACGGACAGUUCGCAGGAGACUGCGGGCAUCGUUGCGAAUCGUCGCCGACUGACAGAUUGCUGGGGUUUCCAUCGGCUGCUCUCCGAUCGAUAUGAGCAGCUCGCCGGCCUGCUGGACUGGAUUGUUGCUCUUUGGACGCACUGGCAACCGGCGGCCUCGGACCCCGGCUCCCUGAAUCAAAGUUCACCACCAUGAAAUCGGCAACCAUGGCCACCCGCUCCCCCGGCUACUCGGACGACGAGCACGACUUUGACGAGGAGUACUUCUCUCGCACUUACCAGCCCUUAUCCAAUCUCCCCACGCCACCCCCGUCAUCACGCGAGUCGUUGGCCGGCCAGAGCCCCCAAGCCCUUCUGGAAGAUGGAGGGCUUCUCGACUCAGUCCUGCUAGGUCCGGCGGUCCAUCUGGUCAACCUCAUUCCUCCAGCAGCAUCUCUCAAGACACCGUCUGUCUCGCUGGUUCAUGAGAUGCUCGUGCGCGCCGAUUUGCCCGUGGACACCAUUGCGCUUGGCGUCUGCAUCCUGGACUCGCUCAGCUCCAAGUUCUCGCUGAAUUGGCGCCUGCUCUGCCCGCUGGCGCAGCGUGAGCCCGCUCCCAGCGAAUCCACGAAGCGGCACACGAUCCAAUCCAAGCCCACGAGCUCCACCCAGCUCCAUAUCGACUCGGUCCAUCCCGAGGUGAUUGUGUUGGCAGCACUCAUGAUUGCCUUCAAGUUCCUGGUCGACUGCCAAGAGCCGACCCGCUACUACAGCUCGUCCUGGGGAAGGGACCUGUGGACGUGCGACCAGAUCAACGUGACGGAGAUGUGCAUCAUGGAGAACCUCGGCUACCGGAUCCUGCCGCUGUGGCAUCCGGCGCUCAUUGCCGACGCGGUCAGCGACAUGCAGCGUGCCGCGAGGCAGGCGGCGCUCCCGUCAAACCCCAGAAACGGGGAGGCGCACAAGCGCUCCGUAAGCUCGGCCGUCGCCCUCUCGGGCUACUCGUACCCGUUAACACCGGCGGAGACGCCCAUGUCGGAGAGUGGCCCAGCCUCCAGCCCCGCGUAUGAACCUGCGGGGACCGCGGCCGGAGGCGUUGUGUCCAACCCGAUGGACUCGUCCGUGCUGCACCUGCCACCGAGAGCGAAGAGGAAGGCGACAUCCCCCGUGGCUGGUUGAGAAGACCGGGCAUGUCGGAUUCGCACGGACU